AUGGAUGCAAAGCUGCAAUUCGUCUUCCUUCCCCUGUUGAACAUGCUCCCCUGUAAUGUGCUGCUUCUUGCUGUCAGGAUGGCCCGGCAACCGCCCCUGAAGAUGUCUGAAGCCCAGUUGCUGGCCUCUGAUCAUUCUUUCUUUCUGCGGAUGUCUUGGAAGACGGAGGCUGCCGAAGCCUUUCCGUUGAGGAAUCUGUGGUGGUUUGUCAAAGCGGACAGGACGAACCCGCAAAGCCUGCCUGCCAAUGCCAGCGGCGUUGAGGCGAAGAAGCUGUGGAGACGGUGGUUUCCAUCAGCAUUUGGUGCUAAUGGCUUCCCGGUCUACAUGAGUCAAAUUGCUCGACUGACAGGACAAUCGCACAAUCGCCACCAUCCGGGGCUUGCACUGAACGUCGAAACCAUUGCCUUCGUCAUGGCACCGCCUGUGACCGAUGCCAACUAUUUUGACGCUCGACUUCGCUGCAGAGGCGACAAGCAGCACCGAAGUUUCCUAUCCAUGCUUCCGAGGGAAGAUGCCCAAGAGCCACCAGGGCAAGUAAACAUGUUGCAGAUGUGGACUGCCUUGGAGGAACAGAGCCGAGCUGGGUGCGGGCACUUGCUGGUUGAGACCUGCGAUCCGGCAGCGAACUACCCCUGCAGCAACAACUGCAGGAUCCACACGAACCGGAGGGACUGCUACAAGCCUUUGAGGGCAGUCAUGGAGGAGCAUCCGGGAGAAGAUGGGUACUGCAUCUUCAACCAGGCUGCAUUUUGGGUGAACUAUACCGGCCCUCAGCUUCGCUUUGAUGAAGCUGAUGCGAAGGAAGCCAUUCUUGCCAUGAGGGGCGCAAGCUACCGGGGGCUGAACACUGGCCUGCCGAUCGUGUACCGUUUCGAAGGGCAGGAAAUCAGUUCGCACAUGGACGCGGAUCACUACCUCUUUGAUGACUUGUACGGCUUCUCUCUAGGUUUCCUUCAGAACCAGGGCUUGGAUCCAAGUUGGAUGCAGAAUGCGAGCCUCUGGAGCUCCUUGUCUCAGCAAGCAUGCCAAGAGAUCCAGGAGACUUACCACUUCAGAAGCGAGGAGCUGAUCUUGGCCGAUUGGCUGGACUUCAACCAAGUCAUUGCAGUUAUGACGGCAUGCACUGCCGGAAUGCCGGCAGCGGGAUCCUCUGACCCUUCGGUGCUGAAAGCCGCCGGCUGGCACAGUCCGUCCGACUGCCGGCCCGUAACCAGCAGAGACUUUGCCAAGCAUCAUUAUGUAAAAUGUGUUCUGGGCAUCAAGAACUCGGCCAUGGAUAUGGCUGUUCUGAACGCACGUGCAUGCGUACUUCAGGGCAACCGAAUCGGACAUCUUACUGAGUGUGCAUACAUGCCAGCAGGCAUUGAUUCUUAA